AUGGAUGAAGCUGUAAGAGGGAUGUCAGACAUUCUGGAGAAGAAGGAACGUGAGCCUUACGUUACCUUUUCUCACUGGGAUACUCCGCAAGCUUUAGAAGAUAAAUAUGUUGGUUUCUUAAGUCCUAAAAUAGUCGUUCAAGGUUAUGACAUGGGCACCAUGGUGGCCGGUAGAAUUUCUACCGUUGUGAAUGAUCCCCACCAACCCAAAAACACUGGUGCCACUGAAGUUUAUACAGUCAGGCACAGGGAUGGCAAUGGGCCGGGCAGACUGGGUAGGAUAUCCAUUUUGCACCCGUCCACUGCUAUCCCUAGUCAGGCAUCAUUUAUUGCUUGCUCAUGCAGCAGCAAGAAAAGUAUACAAGGAAAAUAUCAGGCAUGUCAAGGCGGAAAGAUCGGAAUAACACUUGUUUCUCAUUGGUUUGAGCCUUACUCAAGUAGUGAAGCAGAUCAGAUUGCAACGAAAAGAAACCUUGACUUCAUGCUUGGGUGGGUUAAGGAUCCCGUAACCAAUGAUGACUAUCCACGUAACAUGCAUGAUUUUGUUGGAGGAAGAUUGCCAAAAUUCACUAGUGAGGAAUCUAAGAUGCUGAAAGGAUCUUAUGACUUUUUUGGACUUAAUUACUAUACAACAUAUUAUGCUCAAAAUAUUGAUGCUAACUUUCAGAGCGUUAGAUUUAUGUCAGAUGCUAGUGCUAAUCGGACAGAUAGAGAAAUAGAAUUCCAACAGGCUCACAUACGGGUGGGCGUUGAUGAUGCAAACAACAAUGCUUCAUCUCUAGAGGAAGCUCUCAAUGAUCUGAGCAUGGUGUCGACGCUAAGAGGUUUUUUGCUUGGUCAUUUAUGGACAAAUUCGAAUGGGGAAGUGGUUACGCCGUGA